GGGACUGGGACUAGGGAGGUGUGAUCCGCUAACAUAAACGAUCUGGAUGCAACUUAAACUUAAUUAUUAAUUUACUUUUAAAUUAUUUAUUACAAUGGAUCUGCGCUCCUGUUUGGUCUCUAUUGGAUUUGUAGGAUUAUGUUUCUUUGGUAUACCUAUUCAUAUCGACGAUACAAAUUUGGCUGAUCACAAGUUGCUCUUUCAGUCUUACGUGAAAAAAUACGACAAACAUUACAGUCAAAACUCUGUGGAAUACGAAUUGCGGUUUCAAAGAUUUCAGGAAUCUUUAAAAAUAAUAGAGAAAUUGAAUAGUCAGCGGAGUGGAGAAAAUAGUGCUUACUAUGGUUUAACACACUUUUCUGACCUGUCACCGGAUGAGUUUACUAAACACAAACUGCAGUCCACACUUCCCAAACGACUGUUGAAACACCAAAGCCACAAAGUUAGUGCAACCUAUCAUCAGUACCACCACCACAAACACAGUCAUUCCCACAACAUAGCAAAACGUGCUGUAGAUCUACCAGACAAAGUUGAUUGGAGAGGCAAAGGAGCUGUGACUGGAGUCAACAACCAGAAGACCUGUGGGGCCUGUUGGGCCUUCAGCUCAGUGCAGACCAUAGAGUCCAUGAACUUCCUUAAGACUGGAGUGUUGGAGAAACUCAGUGUACAAGAGGUGAUAGACUGUGCUCGUAAUGGCAACCUGGGCUGUGAUGGUGGAGACACCUGCAGUCUGCUUACAUGGCUCUCUGACAACAAGAUCAAGGUGGAGCCAGAGAAGUCCUACCCUCUAGUGCUGCAGACUCAAGUGUGCAGACUCAAGACUUUCUCUUCAGGAGUGCAGAUUGCAAAAAACUACACGUGCGAUUAUCUGGUUGGAGACGAGGACACACUGUUGGCCCUGCUGGCCUUCCAUGGCCCUGUGGCAGUAGCUGUCAAUGCUCUCAGCUGGCAGUACUACCUGGGUGGUGUCAUACAGUUCCAUUGUGACGGCAGCCCUCAGAACCUCAACCACGCAGUGCAGAUAGUUGGCUACGACCUGACGGCUGAAAUUCCACACUACAUUGUUCGCAAUUCCUGGGGAACUGCCUUUGGCGACAAGGGAUACCUGUACCUGGCAUUUGGCAAGAACAUGUGUGGUCUUGCAACAGAAGUGACGUCAUUGGAUGUUUUAUAAAAAGAGACAAGUCAUUCCACGCAAUCUGAAGAUAGGUUUUAAGUUUUAUGAAAUUAUUUUCACCCAUUACAAUUAAUCAACCAUUAUGUAUAACUUCCAUUAACACGUUCGCGGCGGCACGUCAAAUGGCGGGCGUAUCCCCAGUACGGCGCAGCCCUCAGCGCCGAACAAACCCGAUUGCCGCGUGUGAUUGGCUUUCCAAUUUCGGUCUGACGAAUAGCAAAUAACGUGCGAGGAUGUCCUGCUUUACAACGAGAGUCGACGUCGUUCGCUGAACAACCACAGAUAGCAGCACUGCUUGGAACGUAGCCGGUCCCAUUGGAAUUGUAUUGCCAAAUGGAGGGAAAAAGACGGGACAAAAAGUAGAUUUUAAAAUUGCCAAACGAGGAUUUUACGGGGAAAUUUACUACCAACCUACACCACAACAAAAUACAGUAUACUAUUGAGCAGUACUGUGCGAGGUUUCAAGUUUCUAGCUCUAAUCCUGGCUUAAAAAUAAAAUCAUUUCGUACCGCAUUGCAGCUUGGGAGCGAUCGCACCCACCAGGAUGGCAUUAGGGUUCCGUAUGGGAGCGAUUGCUCCCAUGCCGCCGCAAACGUGUUAAUAGGGUAAGGUAGGAUGGAAGUAUACCCUGAGAAUAUUCUCACCCAAUCUGCGAUCAAAGAUUAAAAACAUUUUAUGUAACAUACAAAGUAACAAUCCACUCACACACACACAUACCGUGUUUAUAUUCAUAUUUUGCUUGUUUUAAAACACAAGACAAGUCAAUACAUUUUUACCCUUAAAUAAAACCUGGCCUACAGUCCGUUGUAAAUGAACAUAAUCUAGGAUUACUUUCAAUUGGGUCAGACCUAUCAAUAAACGUUAUACAUGUAAUCAUGAUCAAUUUUUAGAUCAAAUCGUGUUGGAUCUUCUAUAUUUUUAUUUUUGUUUGAUUUAAGUACCAUAUUUAGUCAACUUAUUUUUGUUACAUUGUUAUCUAUAUUAAUAUAUAGCAAUAUUAUAAAACAAUAUUAAAUACUUAAUAAUAUUGUUAUUGUUACUCAUCUUAACACAUUCACUGAAAAUGGAUGAUCUUCUGUAGUACACUUGUCAGCUAGUUAGAAUACUACAGUAGACCUCCUCUUAACCGACCUUGUAUUAACUGAUAAUCAGAUUAUCCGCCUUCAAUCAUAAAAUAUUACAGUUUGUUUUAACCGACCUUGCUUGGAGAGCAGUUCGGUUUAACCGCCGCAUUCUAGGAAUCUCGGCAUUUCCGCUCCCACGCUGGGCGAUGAGAACCGAACCAUACGCUUAUAUCCACAGGAUGUGACUAAGAAUUGUAUUUAUUAAAAAUACCCCCGCCGCAGCAAACCUGCAGACUAAGCGAAUUUCCAUUUGACUGAUUGGAUUUACACUGAAAUGUCUACUUAAAAAUAUAACAUUUAUUCUCUAUUUAAAUAGAAUUAGUUGAACUAGUACUUAGGUUUGCUGCAUCAGGGAGGGUAAAACUGGUUUUUUUUUUUAAACGUUAAUAGUUAGUAAGAAAUAAAAACAUUUUCCAAAUUUGAUCAAAAUAUGUUCAUAAACAAGCAAACUACAACAAUUUACUUAUUCUCCAUAAGAAUAACAUGGGAAUUUUAAAUUUACAAUUUUUUGGAAUUUUCUCCGUAACCAUUAGGCGCAUAAUAACGCUUCAAUAUACUAAAUUAUUUGUUUUUUUAAGCUCUACAAAAUGGUUUGGAAAGAAAUUGCUAAAUUUUAUGUUUUUUGGGUCAAAAAUGGGAAAAACCUAUUUUUACCCCAUAAAACCCCCCGUAAACCCCCGUUCCCAUGGGCCGAUCAUGCUGGAUCGCGAACUCGUUCGAAUAAACGUAGGUUUACACGUUUGUACCAAAUUUCAUCAAAAUCGGAUCAUUUUUGCUCGAGUUAUCGUGCUAACGGACACAUAUAUAUAUAUAUAUAAAUAUAUAAAUAUAUAAAUAUAUAUAUAUAUAUAUAUAUGAAUUUGAACGGAUGGUGUUUUUGGCCUCUAGGGACCUCAAAAUGAAAAAAAAAAUCUGUCCCGCGUCCAGGUCUUACCAUGAGUACUACGGUAAUAGCUUAUUCCCUAUAUGGGAAAUUCGCUAAAAAUAUAGAAUGUUGUCAGUUUGUCAUCUUAGUCCAGUCAAUGAAUGAUCCAAAAGUAGGUGUAGAGUGCGUGAGCAGGUAACUAAGC